AACGCCGCCCACCAACCCCCCUCCGAAUCUCCUCCGAUCCCGACGCCUAUAGAUGAAUAAAUCUCCUCCCUCUUCUCACUAGACAAAGCCCAAACCAAGGCCAAAACCCUCCUCCCCUCCUCUCCUCUCCAUUCCGCCGCCAUGGCCGCCGCCGCCGCCGCCGCCACCACCCCCAACUCCCUCCUCCUCCGCCGCCCGGCGGCACCCAAGCCGGCCUCCGCGGCGGCCUCGCCGCUCCGUCUCCCCACGCGGGCAGCCAGGAUCUCCUGCGCGGCCGUGGCCACGCCCGCGCAGUCCUCCUCCUCCCCCGCCGCCGCCGCCGCCGACCGCGGGGUCUACAACUUCGCCGCGGGCCCGGCCACGCUGCCGCUCUCCGUGCUCCAGAGGGCGCAGGCGGAGCUCGUCGACUACCGCGGCUCCGGCAUGAGCAUCAUGGAGAUGAGCCACCGCGGGAAGGAGUUCGACGCCGCGAUCAAGAAGGCGGAGGCCGACCUCCGCGCGCUCCUCGCCGUGCCCGACACCCACGAGGUGCUCUUCCUCCAGGGCGGCGCCACCUCCCAGUUCGCCGCCGCGCCGCUCAACCUCUGCGCCUCCCCCUCCGACCCCGCCGACUUCGUCGUCUCCGGGUCGUGGAGCGACAAGGCGUUCAAGGAGGCCAAGAAGUUCUCCGCCGCGUCCGUCGCCUGGUCCGGCAAGGACGGCAAGUACACCUCCCUCCCGCCCUUCGACGCCAUCGAGCAGAACCCCGAGGCAAGGUUCCUCCACAUCUGCUCCAACGAGACCAUCCAUGGCGUCGAGUUCAAGGACUACCCGGAGCCCAAGAACAAGUCGGGCAUCCUCGUCGCCGACAUGUCCUCCAACUUCUGCUCCAAGCCCGUCGACGUCUCCCGCUUCGGCCUCAUCUACGCCGGCGCGCAGAAGAACGUCGGCCCCUCCGGCGUCACCAUCGCCAUCGUCCGCAAGGACCUCGUCGGCAGCGCGCAGCCCAUCACCCCGGUGAUGCUCGACUACAAGACGCACGCGGACAACGCCUCCCUGUACAACACCCCGCCGUGCUUCGCCAUCUACAUCUGCGGCCUCGUGUUCGAGGACCUGCUCGCGCAGGGCGGCCUCGCCGAGGUCGAGAAGAAGAACGCCCACAAGGCCGGCAUCCUCUACGACGCCAUUGAUGCCAGCGGCGGAUACUACAUCUGCCCCGUGGAGAAAUCCGUGCGAUCGCUGAUGAAUGUGCCGUUCACCCUCGCCAAGGGUGGGGAUUUUGAGAAGCAGUUCAUCGCCGAGGCGGCCAAGGAGGGAAUGGUGCAGCUCAAGGGGCACAGGUCGGUCGGCGGCGUGCGCGCCUCCAUCUACAACGCCAUGCCGCUCGCCGGUGUGGAGAAGCUCGUCGCGUUCAUGAAGGAUUUCCAAGCCAGGAACCCUUAAUUUGACUCAUGGUGGUUAUGGUAUUUUGAUGCUGUCUUCAGUAGGAAUGGUCUCUGUUCUUCAUCAUAGCAUAAUUAGGCUCCUUGCAAGAGCUGCUUUGCGCGUAAGAGAUUUUCGAUCCAUCUGUUGUAUCGGUACCAGUAACUAUUUCGCGAUGCUGCUGCUACUGCUUUUCAUGUGUUCAUGGGAUCUCAUUCCCAUUUUGUGCCAUUGAAUGUUAGUAUGGGAAUAAAGGUAGAUUCUUAGCUAUCUGAGAGGAGUAUAUGCUGAUGCUGAUGCAUAAUAACAAGGUUGCUUGGUCUUCUUGUGUGAUCAUUUCUGCUUAGUUUUUCUUGUGUAAUCAUUUUCUCCUUUGAGAAAUAUUUGCCGAUGACUGUUCAUUCGGAUCAUGUAAGAUUGUUCUACCAGAAAAUCUUUAGAUUGGGGGUGAAAUGUUAAAUUACCGGUAACUUUCGUGA